AUGACAUCCCCAGUUUGGCUUAUCACAGGUGCCUCGAAUGGCCUAGGCCUCUCGUUCAGCCUUCGUGCCCUGAAGGCUGGCCAUAAGGUCAUCGGUGCGAUGCGCAACCCAACACGGGCUGCUCAAGCCGUCGAGGCCAUCGAGAGUAAGGGAGGGAAGGUAGUGCAAAUAGACAUGACGGAGUCUCAAGCCAGUAUCCACGAGAAAGUGAAGGCAGCUGAGAAGAUUUACGGCAAAAUCGACAUUCUAAUAAAUAAUGCCGGUUACUCGCUCCUUGGGCCACUUUCGGAAUUUACCGAGAAAGAAGUCAAUACCCAGAUACAAACCAACUUCUUCGGUCCAAUCUAUGCUAUUCAGGCCGUUCUUCCCGGGAUGAGAGACCGUAAAUCCGGGACUAUCGUCAAUAUCAGCAGCAUAGCUGGCCUAGAUGGUCUUCCAACAUGUUCACUAUAUGCCGGUAGCAAGUUCGCUCUCGAAGGGCUUAGCGAGUCUCUAGCGUGCGAAGUAGCAGAGUGGGGUAUCAAUGUGCUAAUAGUAGAACCUGGCGCAUUCCGGACAAACUUCCUACAGGCAUUAGUCGCGAACGAAAAAGGCCUUCCCGAGCAUGAAAAAGAUACGCCUGUUGGAAAAACUAUGCAGAUUUUCAACGAUAUGGCGGGAACUCAGAGGGGAGACCCAGAUAAGCUGGCCGACCGUGUCUUUGAGGUAGUAACGGGUGAAGGAGAAGCAGGUGCGCUGAAGGGAAAGAUCCUAAGGUUGCCGUUAGGGAAGGACUGUUUGUCCCGAGUAGACGCCAAAAUUGCAAAGUUAAAGAGCGACGUGGAUGCAUCUAGGGCAAUAGCCGAAACUACGGAUUUCUAA